AUGACCGUGAAUUCUAUAACAGACAUCCUCCGCAAAGCAGCAGACCAUCAGGAACCUCGUGGUGUCUGUGCCUAUUCGACCGGCAUCGCUGGGAUCGGUUCCGCAACGAGGUUAAGUUACACAGAGCUCGAUUCAUUGGCCACAUCGAAUGCUAUACUACUAGGGCGGCUGCAGUGCGACACCGAGUCUCCUGUCAUACUACUUCACUUUGAAGACCAUCUGGACAAUAUCAUAUGGUUUUGGUCUACCUUAUAUGCAGGCUACAUUCCUGCAAUGUCCACUGCUCUGCCUCGAAGUGAAGAACACCGCACAAGGCAUCUCUGCCAUCUAAGCGAGCUGUUCGAUAAGCCUAUCUGUCUAACUCGGAAAACCCUCCAAAACCUGCUCACAAGAGAGUCUCCCUUGCACGUUGUGGCUAUAGAAUCAUUGAAUGGUUCACCAGCAGAGUUUGUCGCUCCGACAGAAACCAGUUCCGGAGCACCAGUAAAUAGCGGUGGUGGGCAUCCUGCUCUGCUGAUGCUCACAUCUGGAAGUACUGGUCUGCCAAAAGCCGUGUCUCUAACACACAACCAGAUACUGGCCUCCCUUCAAGGGAAAAGCCAUUCACUAUGUGCUGAGGACACUGGUCAUUCAUUCUUGAAUUGGAUUCGGCUCGACCACGUCGGGAGUUUAAUCGAGAUACAUCUCCAUGCACUAUUUGUCGGGUACGACCAAGUUCACGUUCCGCCUAACGAGAUAAUAUCUCGGCCGGCCUUGUUCCUCGAUCUCAUAAGUCGACAUCGUGUAGUUAGGACGUUCGCGCCCCACUUUUUCCUCGCUGAAGUUGGCCGUUAUUUGGAGACAUCCCAAGGAGAAGAUAGACCUCACUUUGACUUGAGAUGUCUACGAUACAUCGUGUCUGGUGGGGAGGCUGUUGUUGCCAGUACUUGUGCCAAAGUGUCUCGAUUGCUGGUCCAACACGGCGCACCUGAAAAUGUCAUCGUCCCUGGAUUCGGCAUGACUGAGACUUGCGCAGGGUGCAUCUACAACUUGGAAUUUCCUGCAUUUGAUACUCGCAACGAAAAUGAGUUUGCUUCCCUGGGAAAGUGUGUCCCGGGCGUUCAGGCACGGAUCGUCUCCAUAGCUACGGGUGACAGUCCCGCGGCCUUAGGAGAGGAAGGCCAGCUGGAACUCAGAGGUCCGCUUGUAUUUUCUGGUUAUUACAACAAUCAAGCAGCAACCAGUGAGGCUAUCGGCCCCGAUGGCUGGUUUCGAACUGGGGAUACGGGUUACAUCGGCGCGGGCGGCAGGAUAAGUCUGUCCGGUAGGACGAAAGAAUUGAUCGCCGUCAACGGUGUCAAAUAUGUUCCGCAUCAGCUGGAAGCCGCUAUAGAGGAAGCAAGCAUACCAGGUAUUGUUUCUGGCUGUGUGAUAUGCUUCUCAUUCCGUCCCAAGGGUGCAGAGACAGAGCGACCUUGCGUCAUCUACCAGCAUACCUAUUGCGUUAACGAUGCUAAAGCUAGAUAUCAGACGAUGACUGCCAUCUCGCACCGUAUCACGAUGAUAACAAAUAUGCGCCCGUAUAUAUUGCCUUUACAGACUGUAAAACGCACAUCCUUAGGGAAGCUUCCUCGCUCUAGCCUGCAGCGGGAGGUUACAAGUGGUCAGUACAAAAUGCAAGAAGCUAUCGACAGAGAAAUGAUCAAGAAGUAUCGACAAGCCAUUUUCAGGCCACCCGAGUCACCUACCGAAAAAGUGAUAGUGGAAGAGCUGUCAGAACUCCUGUCCCUACCUCAAGAAGACAUCGGAAUCGACACCGACCUCUUCGAACUAGGCCUUACCUCAUUAACGCUUAUCCGGCUCCAACAUGCCUUGCGAACAAGGCUGUCACUAAAUGAGCCAAUCCCUCUCGCCACGAUGAUUGCCCAUAACACUGUCCGUGGUUUAUCUGAAGCAUGCCAACAACAUCACCAAUACAUCCCAGCCGUGAAGCUCCAAUCCAGCGGCAACAAGACACCUCUAUGGCUCGUACACCCUGCCGCAGGCGAAGCCCUCAUAUUCAUCAACAUAGCCAAGCUCAUCACAGACCGACCCGUCUACGCAUUCCGGGCCCGCGGAUUCCACCACAAUGAGCCAUAUUUCACCAGCAUCGACGAAUGCAUCCGCACUUACCACUCCUCCAUGAAGAAGCUUCAACCGCACGGCCCUUACGCUAUCCUCGGAUACUCCUACGGCACGAUGCUAGCAUUCGAACUUGCCAAGUCCCUCGAGAAAGCAGGUGACCAAGUCCAAUACCUUGCCGGCCUUAACCGUCCUCCAUAUAUCUCAGGGUUUCCGAAGCAUGAUGCCUUGGCCAGAGUGAUCGAGAAAGUGGAUCCUGGCCAGCUCCUGGCGUUGGGCCUCGAUGAAGGUAGUCUAGAACAGUGGAUCAAUGUUGCCUUCAGCCUACAGGAGAUAGGAAGAGAAUAUGAGCCGCGUGGUGUGGUGAAUGCACAUAUGGAUGUCUUUCAUUGCACUCCAUUGGAGUUCCUGAAUGUUACACCUGAAGAAUGGAAGCGACGUCUGGCUGCUUGGGAGAAUUUCUCCGGACAGAAGGUAAACCUGAGACAUGUACCAGGUGACCAUGCUAAUGUCUUAGGACCGGAUCAUGUGCAGGUGUUUGUGAAGAAGUUGGGUGAGGCUAUGGCGUUGCAGGGUCUUUAG